AGAUCAAGUGUGUGAGCGGCAGCGAGGGAGGAGAGAGAGUGAGAUGAAGAAGAAGACAAAGAACAUGCUUCUUUUUUAAGAGUCCAACGCAAAGUGUUGAUGUCAGUGGAUGAAGACAAAACCUGAUGGUGCUGUGAGCCUCAAACACUUUGGAGUCAUAAACCAAAGAGUGAUUGCAUUAUGGGGAGCGUCAGCGAGUUGUGCGCUUCCAGUUUUCAAGCGUUUUUGUGUCCGACAGUGCGAGCCCUGGAAUCUGCUGCUGCUCCUACUACUACAGGCAAAAACCUGUGUGCGCGAGAUGGUGGGCUCGAUUGGAGAGCGUGACGCACACUCGUCGCCCUCUCGGGCCCAGAAUGGAUCCUCCUCUCAAGUGGGCACCCGAGUCAUAUCAUCCCCACGGCGACCCACCGCUCUCGCUCUGUAAGCCUGUGUGUCAUUUCACCUCAUUCAAAAUCCAUUUGAGACACACAAUGACAAGGAGAGUUCCAGUGGACCUGGAUUGUGUGCAAAUUGUUUUUACUUUCGUCUUCUUUCUUUGCAGGUUGGAUUUUUAACUAAUCCAAAUUUGUUUGUGGGUAGCCAUGUCGCUUAUCUGAUUCAGGAAAAAGGCCAUUAGAGAGUUCCUGAGCUCUUCAUUUUACCCAUCCUCAGCAUAUCCUGUUGUUGGCGUCUCCAAAAUGCCUGAUUAAAGUGCACAGCUGCAAUGCUCUCUGGCUUCUUUGCUUCCCAGCAUCAUCCAAUGAGAUCCAACACAGCAGCUGCAUCCCUCCAGAAAAUGAGUUUUAAAUGAUAUUGUUUUUUUUUUCGAGAAGUAUACAUUGUUACUGAGAGUGAUUUCUCAUAUUUUAGUGCCUUUUUUUCCAACUAUGCGAGAAAUGGAAAACAAUAGAAACACAUUAGCAGGAUGUUGAUAUUGUGCUUGUAUCGGAUCUCAUUAGGUUGUGCAGUUGUACCAAAUGUCUUUAUUUAUUUGUAUACAUAUUUACAAAAAAAAACAACAACAAUGCAUGGAAAAGAAGUACAUACAUAAGUCCUUAAAUAAAUGAAAAUGCUAGUAAAUAAAUGCAAUUGUCAAUAAUAACCUGAAACAUUACAUUCCCAAAACAUUCAUGUCAUAUUAAUUGAAGAGUACGUUGUCCAUAGGUGUGAACGUGAGUGUGAGUGGUUGUUUGUCUGUGUUUGUCUAUUUGUGCCCUGCGAUUGGCUGGCGAUCAGUCCAGGGCGUGCCCCCAAACACAAACGACCCCUUCCUCCCUGCACUUCACGAGCAAUCAAGUAAGUGCUGCAUUUCAGAAGCUAACGUUGUUGACUAACGCUGAUCUGUGAAAUGCACAUCACUUCAUGCACCUUUGUAUACCCUGGCUAAUUUAACCCUACCCCUUCCUACAGCGCGCAUAGGGAUUCAAAUGCAUUUUCACUCCUAAAUGCAGCACUUCAUCACCAAGCCACUGAAAUACACUUGUCAAUUAGUAUAGCGAUGUCGCACAUGCCAGUGCCAAACACAAACACUCUCAAACAAACAAGAACAAACAAACUCUCUUGUGUACAUACAUUGCCGGCCAUAUAGAGGUGUUUAAAAUGAGGGAGAAAAAAAAAAACCCUUCCAUGUCUACUCCUCAUUUUUGUAAUAAUUUCCAUAGCUGUGUCUACGCAUUUGCUUUUGUAAUAAAUGUGUUCAAUUGUAAAGAUACUUUAUGGACAAUCUGCAUUGUGACCCAAAAUGACCUGAAAUUGUUGUUUUUAUUUUUUCGCCUUUUUUUUGGUAAAAAUUCCCUCCUGUCAGACAUUGCGAUUAGAUAGAAUUCGCCUUCUGAUUGGCUGCCUCUGCUGAAGUCACGCCCAUUCCCCCACCGAGCCCCAACACCGGCUGUCUUCCCCGAUGGAUACAGUUGUCAUUUUUUUCACCCCAUUCAAGUGCUUCUAUAAAUGCCUCUUUUGACCUUUAAAGGUAGCCGAAGUUGUAUAUUGUUGCUUCAUUUGGGCUUCGCUUCACCAGCGAGCGGUUGAAGAGCGACGCCAACAUGGUUUUAAAGUCGGAAGACGGCGUCGUGCCUGAUGACCUCAGUCCAGAGGAGAGACAGGAGCUGGAGAGCAUCCGCCGCAGAAAACAGGAGCUACUGCAGGACAUACAAAGGUUGAAGAAUGAGAUAGCAGAGGUGACCAGCGAGAUUGACAACCUGGGCCUGACUGAAGAAAGGAAAAGCAUGCAGAGGAACAAACAGAUGGCCAUGGGCCGCAAGAAGUUCAACAUGGAUCCCAAGAAGGGGAUCCAAUUCCUGAUUGACUGCUCGUUGCUAAAAAACACCAGUGACGACAUCGCACGCUUUCUCUACAAGGGCGAAGGCCUGAACAAGACGGCCAUCGGUGACUACCUGGGAGAGAGAGAUGACUUCAACAUCGAGGUGCUGCACGCCUUCCUACAGCUGCACGAGUUCUCUGACCUGAACCUGGUCCAGGCGCUGCGGCAGUUCCUGUGGAGCUUCCGGCUGCCCGGUGAGGCCCAGAAGAUCGACCGCAUGAUGGAGGCCUUCGCCCAGAGAUACUGCCGCUGCAACCCCGGCGUGUUUCAGAGCACAGACACGUGUUACGUGCUGUCCUUCGCCGUCAUCAUGCUGAACACCAGUUUGCAUAACCCUAAUGUGAAGGACAAGCCCUCCGUUCAGAGAUUCACAGCUAUGAAUCGAGGCAUUAACGACGGUGGAGACCUUCCGGAUGAGCUUCUUCGGAACCUGUUUGAAAGCAUCAAGAAUGAGCCCUUUAAAAUUCCGGAGGACGACGGCAAUGACCUCACGCACACCUUCUUCAAUCCCGACAGAGAGGGCUGGUUGCUCAAACUCGGAGGUGGACGGGUAAAAACCUGGAAGAGGCGCUGGUUCAUACUUACAGAUAACUGCCUUUAUUAUUUUGAGUUUACAACUGACAAAGAACCUAGAGGGAUCAUUCCCCUGGAAAAUCUGAGCAUUCGCGAAGUUGAUGACUCAAAGAAGCCGAACUGCUUUGAGCUCUUCAUCCCGGACCACAGAGAUCAGGUGAUCAAAGCCUGCAAGACAGAGGCGGAUGGCCGCGUUGUCGAGGGCAACCACACUUUUUACAGAAUCUCCGCCCCCACUGCCGAGGAGAAGGACGAGUGGAUUAACAGCAUCAACAUCCUCCGUGUGUCUGCCGCAGAGCCGCCAUUAGCAAGGACCCCUUCUACGAGAUGUUGGCCGCUCGCAAAAAGAAGGUUUCCUCCGUGAAGGGUGUGUAGUGCGCACAAACACAGACAGGUUAGACUGAUAAGUGCUGCUGGAAAAAAAUGGAGCUCAACCUGACAUCAAUGAACCACCGUUGCACCUUCAUUUUUUAAAAUACAUAUAUAGUAUUUAGAUGUUUGAGAACCACCCUCUCUCAUUUAGUUUGUUGCUUCUCCACGUGGGAAGGGGACUGAACAAUGUACAUCUCAUGAAAGACGAUACAGAUAUUCAUUUGAGUCUGGCAUGCAAAAGAAGAAAAACUGGAUCUCUUUUCACAUUUUGUUGCUACACAUUCCCCCAUGCUUUCAAACAAAGCACAAUUACUAGAAAUGAAGGUGAUCAAAGGCGUUGCUUGGUAUUUAUUUGUCCUUAUUUAUUGUUUUGUCUCAAUAAAAGUUUACAAUCUUUGGUGUGAAUUUCACAAAA